AUGAGUGGCCCCCCGCCCCGCGUGCCGGAGCCCAGCCCAGCAGAGGGGGCUGGAGGCCCAGCUGGAAAGGCUGCGGCGGGCGCCAGGGAGAAGGGCCCGCGGCUGGGCCCGCGGCUGCCCUCUAUCGUGGUGGAGCCCACCGAGGCGGGCGCUGUGGAGAGCGGGGAGCUGCGGUGGCCCCCGGAGGGCGUGCAGAGCCAGGCUGCGGCUGCCCCCUCGCCGAGCCUGCCGGGAGCACCCAGGGACACGCCAGGCCACCCCGGCAGCCAGUGUGCCGGCUCCGAGGCCCAGGGGUAG